UCUGGAGCUUAUUUAUUUCGAACCUGAAACUCGCCGCGUCAACCACGUGCUCCACGAUCGCAGUUGCGAGAACCCGACAGACUGUCUUUUUCCCUCUGCGAUAUCAUCGAUCGCGUUGCGUGACCCAACGCGGCCACCGUUCAUUUCAAACAGAAACAGGAUAAAGGGAAAGGAAAAAAGAGAACGCGGCGAUAAAUAAGCUACGAGUACGUCAUCGGUGCAUUGAACUUACUUCUAGAAUCUACCACGAUACCGCGUACACUCACGACCCGAACUUAUCAAUUUUUCCUUCGUUAGCAGAAUUUAAGGGGAGUCUGUUUCAGUGUUGAGAGUGCGACAAUCGGUUCGGUACCGAAGAAGAAAUCACUCUUCUAUCAAUUCCUGUGAUACAGUUCGUCAGUAUCGUAUUUCUGCUGUGAUCUGUGAUUGUGAUAACGAUAUUUAUUCUUAUACGAAGACCGUUAGAUUUAUUCCACUAUCGAUCUUUUCCCGCUACGAUCACCUUUCACGUUCGCAUCGAUUAUAGAGGAGCAACGCAUCUAUAGUUCUCCGUUGGAGUCAGCCACCGAUCGAUUUCCUUGAGAAAAUAACGAUUAUCAGCCCACGCGACGAAACUCAGUGGCCCAUGUGAAUGAAUUAAAAAUCUGCUCGAUCGACCGCCAGAAAGGGGAAAUACCUCGGACGAUCUAUCGUUCCAAGAUAUCGUCUAUCGUGUUCUAUGAACCUAAAUCGAUGAACGGUAGCGAUAACGCGCAAUCGAUCUCGAUAAGGCUGUAGAAGGGGGAAGAAGGUGUAAAAAGCAAGAGGAAGAAGAUCAAACUCGUUCAAUUGUACCUGAUCAUCGGGAGGAGGAAUUCGCACGUGAAAGCAAGAAUUCGUGGCUUCGGAGCGCGCGCAGCCGAAGGAGAAGAAAGCGAGAAAGAAGUUUCUCGAAGGUUGGUUACCUGUUCGGCUACUACUGUCGGUGUUGCCCGCUCGGUGCUGACACUCGUCGUCUCGUGGAGGGAGAGAUUCACGGUAAAAAGGGAGCCCGAUCAGCCUGUAACAUCGUCCUGAACCGAGGAUAUCUGUCUGUGUUCGCGUAGGUCGCGGUUCUUGUGACGUAAUUGGUUUUUCUUUUUCUUUCUUCUGCAUAAAUCACAGUCGAUUCAGCAGUGACCAGGAGAUUCUUCGAAACGUUUACUCGUCCGAACUACCGUGAACGAGAUCGAAAUAGCUGGGACCAUAAAUAGCUUGCCGAUAUUCUCGGGCAUUCCCUUCACGCGUUUCAUCGAGCCACCAGCGAAGGAUUUUCCAUUCUCCUUUGAUAAACCUUGAUCCGUCGAUCUCUAUAGAGGGACCUUGAUUUUCAAAUUGGUCAAGAAAGUUCCUACCGGCGCGCUUUUCAAAUUUCUUCCCUCUGACAUAGUACAAGUAGAUAUAAAUUUCUAAACGGCUCUCUUUCGAUUAGAGAAUCGUUGAUUAGUAUAAUUUUAUACGAACGACGAUAAAGGAAAAAGAUUUUCGUAAGCGAAUCGUGUUGGAAAAGAAAACGCGGCAAGCAGAGGAACAGAGAGAAGUUUCUCGAAGCUUGUUUUACUGCUGUCUCUGCUCUAGACCCGCUAGAAAAGAAGGAACACAAGCAGACAGGGAGAAGGAACAGAGGAGCUAUACAAGAUAGAAGGAGACAUCGCUGAGGGAAAGAGGAAAAGAGAUAGAAAUAGCGGGAACCCUGUAAUCUGGAACAGAUUUAGGAGACUCGCGUGCUCCAUUUUGGCCCGGUUCAAAAGGAACAAGAGUCGACGAAGAGAAGGGAAAAGCGAGGGGGAAACCGAGGAAAAGGGCCUGGGAAAGAAAGCGGGAAAGCAAUAACGUUGAAUCAGUCUCUGAAAACUCGUGUGGAGAAAGGACGAAGGAGUGAAACGACGAUAGACAUUGGUGCGAGUCAGAAGAGAAAGGGAUUUGAAUAAAGGUGAAAAAAGAAAAAUAGAGAGGAAAAGGAUACGCGAAGCGAUACCGCUGGUUGUCAAGAUGGCAAAAGGCAAAUCGAUACAAGAACGACGGUCGAACGAUGUGUUCGACGAAGAAUCGGUGGCUGUUAGAUCGCGAUGGCGAAAUUUAGCCGCCUUCUGGGUUCUAGGACUUUGCAACAAUUACGGAUACGUAGUGAUGCUUAGCGCAGCUCACGACAUUCUUGAAAGUAAAUUCGGCACCACGGAACCUGUCAUGGAAUUUAUGAGUAAUACUACUGUCGAGCCGUUGAACACCACAGGGAUGAGAUCUUGCAACACUCUGUCCACUGGUGCUAUAUUAUUGGCGGACAUAUUGCCCUCGUUGGCGGUGAAAAUGGUCACACCGUUCCUGCCGUUUUACGUACAUGCUCGACUGGCUACCUGUGUGUUAUUUUCCGCUGCAGGAUUCCUCAUGGUGUCGUUGAGCACUACUGAAUGGCUCGCCAUUAUGGGCGUCGUUGUAACGUCAAUCUCUUCCGGUUUGGGAGAAGUUACUCUGCUGAGUUACAGCCACCAGUACCCUAAACAAGUAAUAGCGACAUGGUCUUCCGGUACUGGAGGCGCCGGAAUAAUUGGCGCGCUAUCGUAUGCCGCCCUCACCACGUGGUUAAGCAACGAAGAUACAUUGUUACUUAUGUUAAUCAUACCGAUCAUACAAGGAUUCACGUUCUGGUUGGUUCUGGUUCAUCCGCCGCAGUCCAGUAUACCGAUCACUAAGAACGGUAUCGACAGUCAAGAACACAUCAUUGAGGUUCCUAGGAAGAGCUUUAAAGAAAAGAUCAAUUUGGUACCUGGACUGCUGAAAUACAUGAUUCCUCUCGGGCUCGUGUACUUCUUCGAAUAUUUCAUUAACCAAGGAUUGUACGAACUCAUCGAAUUCGAUGGAAUCUGGUUAACUCACGCGGCACAGUAUCGUUGGCUUCAAGUGGAUUAUCAGAUCGGUGUAUUUAUUUCAAGAUCGUCCGUCAAUCUCGUUACGAUUAACAAAAUCUGGAUCAUGGCUGUCUUACAGUUUAUCAACGUUAUAAUUCUGUUGUUCGAGACUUUGUAUUAUUACAUCCCAAGCGUGUGGAUUGUGUUUGCGUUCGUUUUAUGGGAAGGCCUUCUCGGUGGUGGAGCAUACGUAAACACGUUCUAUCGAAUGUCCACCGAGAUUCCAAGAGCCGACCGAAAAAUCUCUUUAGGAAUCGCCACGAUGGCCGACUCGAUUGGAAUCGCACUGGCUGGAUGGUUGUCCAUGCCCGUUCACAAUUCCAUUUGUAGGCUGCCACAACCGACCCGAUUGGGUAGCUAGGAGAGAUCUAACGUAUAGUAUUUAACGAUGAUCAUGUGGAUAAGCAUGACCAUGAACCACGCCGUGAAACACAAAGAGUUAUUAUUUAUUUACCGAUACGUGCUCACGGCAACGACAACGUUAUUAACGUAGUGUACACGUUAACUUCGUCCAUUUUUAGCGUGUGACAAUAAAUUUAAUACCUCCGUUCGGGACUACAUCGACGCCGAUAAUCGGUCAUCGUUAGAGAAAGGAAGAAAUAAAAAAGAUACGUUAGAGUCUCUUGAACUUGAAUCACGAACGGAUUCGGUCAAAGACGGAAACGUAGAAGAGGCGCAUCGAACAACGAUGUUCCUGAACGUAAAUUCAAUUGUCUAGGAUAUAAGUUUUGAUCGUUUUAAGAUUUAUUUGGUACAAAUAUUUAAAAGACUAGGAACAGGAUUAUCUUAACAACCGGUUGCGUAUAGAUCACGUUCGUUUCGCUGUGCGUUUCAAAACGAGCUCGAAAUUCGCGACAGAGCAACGAUCAUGAUCGAUGAUCAUCGAUCGCGGAAUAAAGACGUCUCGAUCUUCGAUUUCGCGUUUGCUGAUCAAAUUUCAGCUGAAUGAUGCACUCGUAAACGCGACCGCGAGUCUCUGGCUAUGGCUACACGUGUAUGUAUGUACAUGGGUUUUAUACGUAUUUUUAGCUGUUAGGUUUAACGUCGUGUUAACGUCGUUCGUUCGAUGAUAAGAACGACACCAGUAUUUCUCUCUCUUUUUUUUUUUUUAGUUAGCAUUUUAGGUGUAUUCGACGAACAAGUUCGAUUUACGACACACGUUUGCCCACACGCGACUCAGAUUUACACACACGCAUUCUUAGCCGGUCACAAGAUUUCGUAUAAAUGCACCGAUAAGCAACUCGUGCCAAUGAUUUUCAUCGAGUUAUUUUCUUUUUUCUUCGAGUACAGUUCCUUUGUACGAAGAAAGGACAGAAGACGAAUAACUCAGCAAGCGAAAUGUCAAACAUUCCUCGCCAGAAAAUUGUUCGAACACGCAAAAAAGUAUUAAUUGCAAGUAAUCAAAUCGCUGAAAAUGUAGGAUCAAGAAUUUUGACGAUCGUGCGUUAUUCGAACGGUCCGACACAUUCUAAGUAAAGGUCCAAUCUUUCUUUCUUUCACUUUCUUUUUCUUUUUUCUAACAAAAUAAUUCGACUUUUCCUAAAUACAUAUUGUAUAUGUGAUAUAUCGAUAAUACUGUUUCCUACAUUGAUUGUAAUAUUAUUAUAUAUAUAUAAAUAUUGUUUGUUAAGCCAUAAUAUAUAUUUGUCGUUGUGGAAUUGUAACUGCUCGUGACGCGUUCAAAAAACGAAUUGUAUAGUUGCGAUUCGCCGUUUUUCUCAAUUAUGUUCUAUUGUAUUUUAGUUUCCUCUUUGUUCUUUCUUUAUCUUUUCAAACGCAACGAAUGUAAAGUAAGCGUGAAACACAAGCAGGAUCGAUUCAUUGUUUGGAUAAAUUGUAACAUUUGUUGUGACUACGUUAGAAAUAAACGCAAAAUACUUUUUCAAA